AUGCUUGUUCUCCUGCGUCGCACCUUGGGGGCGAGUGCCUGGAAACUGUUGGCACACACACAGAACGGCGAACCCGGCAUGACGAGGACUGCAGACCCUCCAACUAUUAUCAGCAUCAGUAGCAGUGGUACCAAGUCCAGCAUGACGUCGAUUCCUCGCGUGGUAUUGCGGUCGUUUCGCGGCGCGCGUCAGCGACUCGUGAAAGCGCGCCUCGACCUUGUUCUCCUUCCCCUGUCGCUAAUGUUCGCGUUGCUUCUCGCCGUCGCCUCCGGCGACCCCGUCAAUCGCGGCGGGCCUCUCAGCGCCGGUUUCCUCGGCGUGCAACGGUCGGCGGAAACGUGGCGAGUGCCGCAACAGUUGUUCGAACUGCGAAACCUGACGCGAGCCGUCGCGGUGUUACGCGAACAGUACACGGCGGCGGCGACUCGCAAAGGCGACACGGCUGGUGUGCGUCAAAGCGGGGCGACGACGGGGGGAGCAGGGGGAAGCGGAAAUGGCGGAAGAGAAACAGCUGCUCUUGGAGCGAACGGCGCGAGCGAAAGUUACACUAGGGCUGGGGUUACCGCUUUCGCAAAUGUCGUACCGAAGGAUGAAACGGACCCGAACGCCCCGUAUACAGUGUUCGAAGUGGCGAGACCGAUUGUACGGCCGCAAGGAGCCGAGGAGUGUACAGUAACUCUGUUCACGGACGAACCUUUCGCAUCUACGAUUGGUAACCCGCCGACGCAAACUUCGUACACCCCCGACCCGAACUGCGCCUCGGCGGAUUGGUCGCUCGCUGUGCUGGCGGUGGGCGUGAAGGUGAAAGGCACGCAGUUUGACCGUCGCAUGGUCAUUUUCUUUGGCGGUUUCGAGGUUUCCAGAUCAAUCACUGCAGAGCCAUUGGGAACGGAGGUUCACUACUCGUUUGAGCGAGACGUGACCAAUUAUGCACCGAUGCUUAAAACUGCCUCCACUGUCUAUGUGAUUCUAGAGAAUGUUGUUGACGGCGAAUACACUGGGAUUUUCAACGUCACCAUCUCCCUCACAACGUACAAAGGAACACCCCCCACCACACCCCCGUCCCUCCUCCUCUCCUUCUCCAACACCUCUCCCUCUUCCUCCCCUUACAUCCUUUCCGGAGCCUCAGCCACUACUCGUAGUGCUAUACAAUCACUCUCCGGCCUUCCGACAAAUGUGAUUAAAGCGAAGGUGGAGCUUACUAUAUCAAUGCACGCGGACGACGAGUUUUAUUACCUCUAUUUCCCAAAUAAGUUCUACAAUAGCCUUCCUAGUUCCUUAAAGCCCAAAUUCAAACCCGAAGGCGGUCCUUUUCGCGAGCUAAAUCUCUUCAUCGACGACCGAUUUGCCGGGGCAAUUUACCCUUUCGUUCCGCUUUACACCGGUGCGUUCAACCCGCUGCUCUGGUCACCUGCAGUGGGAAUCGGAAAUUUCGGCUUCCCGACAGUUACCCUCGACGUGACCCCGUUUGCAGGGGUUUUAUCCGACGGGCAGCCGCACGAAAUUAGGGUUUCGGUGGUGAAUGCAAAGCCUGGAGCCGCGUGGUAUGUGACUGGGAUCGUGCACGUAUGGGUGGACACCGGAGUGACGUCUACUGCUGGGCCCCCACCCACCAUCAAGGUUGCUCCCAGCAGGAGGAAAGAGAGAGUGAAGCUGUUUGAGAGUCCACUGGUGAAAGCGCUGCGGCUGAUGGGAGUCCGGAUCAGCAUCGACGGGAAAUACAGCACCGUUGCUGCGCGUGACUACUCCAUCUCAGGCACGGUAACCACAGCUGGUGGCCCGGUUACCACUCUGGUUACAUCCUCCCUAUCCGUGGAUGCAGCAGCGAUGGUGCAGGGAGGGGGGGCCGCAAUCACGUGGUGGAACAACGUGGGGGUUAAGAGGACUGUGACCGCCACACAUGGAACGACCAAGGCUGUGCUGUCCUCCCAGACAGACACCUUCUCGUUCCCACUCCGCAUCAAGCAGACGUCCUCUGACUCCUAUGGAUCCGGCAAGUUUGACAUUGACAGCGGAUACAACCACAAGACCCCCGGGAAGUAG